AGUCGAGGAGCCGAGGAGGAGGAAGGAGGCGGCACCUGAUCUCCGAAGGACUCAUAGCGGCGCGAGGUCGAUGGUGUCGGAUUCGCCGUCGUAAGAGGAGCUCUCCCUAAGCAAGUCAUUAAACUGAAUUGAGAUACAGCUCGCCUUACCUUGAUAUCUAUGGUUUGGUUGCUAAUCUGAUGGGCUGUUUCUCUUCUAAGAUUACUGACAAACACGCAGUCGGAUACGAGGACCCUGUGGUUCUUGCUUCUCAAACAAAUUUCACUGUCAAUGACGUAGAAGCACUUCAUGAGCUAUUUAAAAAGUUGAGUUGUUUGAUCAUUCCGGACGGGCUAAUCCAUCGGGAAGAAUUCCAGCUUGCUUUGUUCAGGAACAGCAACAGAAGAAAUCUUUUUGCAGACAGGGUAUUUGACUUGUUUGAUAUCAAACGAAAUGGGGCUAUUGAGUUUGGAGAAUUUGUUCGGUCGCUUAGCAUCUUUCACCCAAGAGCUCCAGAAUCAGAGAAAAUUGAAUUUGCAUUUAAACUGUAUGAUUUAAGGCAAACUGGCUUCAUAGAACCCGAGGAGGUGAGCAUAAUUUCGUUUUUCAAUCUUGAGAUUUCCUCCUUGUUGGAUGUUUGUUGUUGGAUUUUUUAUAUUGCAUGGUUAAUCUUACCUUUUGAAAAACAUUCUCAGUUGAAGGAGAUGGUGUUGGCUAUUCUCAGUGAAUCAGAAUUGUCUCUUUCAGAUGAACUCGUCGAAGAAAUUGUCGAUAAGAGUUUCAAUCAGGCGGAUGCAAGAGGCGAUGGGAAGAUCGACCCAGAUGAAUGGAAGGAUUUUGUCAAAAAAAAUCCAUCUCUGCUCAGGAAUAUGACUCUUCCUUAUUUAUCGGACAUAACAACAUCAUUCCCUAGUUUCGUCAUGCAAGCAGACAACAGCGACACCGAUACCAUAUGAUGUUAUAUCGAUGACUGUCUAGCCGUAUUCUGAAGGAUUACGACCAGUGGUUGCUUCAAAUCUUCUGCAGGAGUGAUGUUGAGGAUUGCAUAGAGGUGGUAUAGUAUUAGAGAACUAACUAGCAUGGGAAUGCCCGGACCCAUAUAACUACGUAUUUUGAAUUUUCACGUUAUUAUUACAUUAUGGACUUUUAAUCAAAUUCACACUGUACACUGUAGCCCAGGUAGAGCGGAUGGCCUAGG